AUGUCGCCUGUGUUGGUGCUCGUUAUACCGCACUGCCACCCCAUGGCCGCGUCUCCUUCGGAUAUUUUGUCAGGGUAUACAAUCUCAAUUGACACCGUCCUGCUCGAGGAGAUCGCUCAGGUGUGUCAUUGUGUCCACGUUAAACACGAGAUAUUAAGACAGUUCUCGGACUUCAUUUCUAAGAAUCUCGCCACCCACAAGAUGGCGACCUCUCAGAAGCUAAUGGAACAUUUCCUGACUUGUACAAUAUGCACAGAGGUGUUUGAUAAUCCCUGUACUCUUGUGUGCAAUCACACCUUUUGUCGGAAAUGUGUCGUCAACUACACCAAAACCAGACCAGAAGCCAUCAGUGCCAAGUCCCUCCUCUGUCCAUUCUGCAACAAGAUGACGAAAGUGUCUGCUCCUGAGAGACCAGUGGAGGAGUGGGCGGAUGACGUCAAGCCAUUUUUUAUCAUCCAGGGACUCUUGAACUCGUUUGGUCCGGGAUCUAAAGAUACAGCCUCCUGCAGCUACUGUAGAGAGGAAGGGGAGACAACUCCAGCUGUUGUUUGGUGCUCGGUCUGUGAUGAGGCACUCUGUAACAAAUGUACUGCAGCUCACAACCGCAUCCCGUCAUUACGGAAACACAAAGUCAUUGACCUCUCCGGCGAGGUUAAGGUCAGAAGAAGACACAAGGUGACAUGUAAAGAGCACAAGGACGAAACUAUCAAAUAUCUGUGUAAAGAUUGUAAGAAAGCUGUUUGUCAGACAUGCUGCACUAUCUACCACAGGAAAUGUGACUCGGUCGUCACACUCGAGUCGGAAAUGAUGGAUGUGAAGACAGAGCUGGUGAAGAUGAAAGAGACUUUGUCAAGGAGAAGACACAAACGAAACACAGAGGUGCAGAAAAAGAAAUCAGUGAUGAAAGAAGAGAUAUGUCGACAUUCACAGACGGAAUCCGACAUCAAGUCUGCAAGUCUGAAGGCAAUACGAAGGAUAAAACUCAAGAAACAGAAACUUCUUGAUCAACUGAGAGAGAUGUCAGAAAAACACAUAGGACAACUGAAAGCAGAAAUUAAGUCAGGUGAGAUGUCAGUACAAAUGAACCAACAACAGGCUGAGCUGAUAGACCAGGCUCUACAAUCUGAGUGUGAUAUGGAUGUGUAUGAGAUGUAUCAGGGGUGUGAGGCGGGUGAUGUGGAGGCUGUCGGAGACGCAGAUGUGAAGGAGAGAGGAAGAAUAACCAAGGUCACAUUCAGACAGGAGACGGACAAGCUGAGUAAAUCUCUGGACGAUCUACAGCUGGGAGAGAUAGAUGUCCUGUAUGAGGAUGUGCUGAACCUGAAGGCUUCUCCUGUGUUACAGGACACCAUUGACGUCAGAGUAACAGGCGACAGUAACACACCAGACCCGACUGACGUGACAGUGAUGGUGGUGAAUGACGUUGUAGUUGUAGAUGCAGUUGUAGUCACAGACUGGAACACCAACACUGUGAAGUCCUUCUACACCAGGAAUAACCGGACACGUCACAGUGAAUUCUGUCUGGUUGGUAAACCAUUGGGUCUGACAAAGUUGACACACAACCAGGUGGCCGUCACUGUCCUGGACAUCAAACAGAUUGUAACAGUAGAAGUCAACCCUGACCUGGUGCUGCUGUCAACUAUCAGAACCAGCAAACAGUACUUGGGCAUAACGUCCCUGACCCCAUCAACACUAGCAGCUAGUUCCCGGUCUCCCCCCUGUGUUGAUAUCCUGGAUAUGACAGGAAACGUGCUGAGGUCAAUCAGUCCAUACCACAAUGGUAUCAACAUCUUAGAAAGACCAAACUAUCUCUGUACCACGAGGACAGGAAACAUCCUGGUGUCUGACUGUGGAACCAAGUGUGUCUUGUGUCUGACCCCCGCGGGAGAUGUGGUGUUCACCUAUAGCCCUGCAGGAGACACAGCGCUGGAGUUUCCCCGGGGUAUCACAAGUACCAGUACAGGUGACAUCCUGGUGACAGACAACCGUCUACACAGAGUCAUCCAUCUGACGGAGUCAGGACAGUUUGUCAGAAACAUACUGACACAACAGGACGGUAUCAUCAAACCCCGCGGUGUGUGUGUAGACGGACAUGGCCACAUGUAUGUUUGUCUCAGUUGGGAAGCAGUUAUUAAGGUGUUCACAUGUAAACACUGACAACGUGUGUUUGUGACAUAUAUAUGUGUAUAGAACUC